AUGGGCCUUUCUAGACUUCUUUUGUUGGGCCAUAGAAUAGCUGAACCCAAAUUAUUUAAACUUAACCCAUUGCCGACUCAAUUCUCCUCUAAGAACUAUUCGAAAACCUACAACAUAUCUGUGGUUCCGUCUUCCUUCUCUGCAUUUCAUCGGUUUAGAUCCAUACAUGUGAAGAUGUUAAACUUCUUUGUUCCAGGACUAUUUGUCGUUUUGGAGCUAAUUUUCACCUUGUUAACAUGCAAAUAUGAGCUUCAUGUUCUGGAUUCUACCUCAUCUAGACUUCUGGAUUUGAAAAUUGAUAGAUACUAGGUAGUAGUGGCUCUGUGGUUGUUUAAUUGCUUAGUAUAAAUCUUUGUACUGGACACUAUUAUUAUGAUCACAAAAUUCAUUCUACUUAAACUUAACCUUGGAAUUCUGUAUAAUAACGGAUAUAAGGUAAUUUGAUGAACCAAUUCUAAUCUUAUAAUAUUCACAUAUUUAGUGGAUGUAAGUUGGUCCGAAUAAUUCAUGCCGUGGAAGGAGUCGGAAUUGGACUCAGAUUUUUUUUCUUUAUGUUGUUUUAUCUGCUUUUGAUAAUUGUACUUAAACCAUUUGUAUGAGUGUCGUGUCACGCGGUAGGACAAUUUUUCCAAUGUCAUUGCAUAUAAUCUAAACUGCCAAGUAUACUUGGAAAUCCCCGAGCCUUAGCCUUUUUUCAGUAAGUUAGCAAUGUCAUACUUUUUUGGUUGUAUCUGAUGUUGUUUUUCAAAAAAUGCAAGGAUAGCAUCACAAGAAUAUUUUAAGCUCUCAAUUGUGUUGCUUUCUUCAAUUUUCACAUAUUCAUCAAGGAGAUUAGUUGCACACCCGUACUCCAACUAUGCGUAUUGUCGCGAUCAUUUUUUGUAGAGGACUUGGUCCUUUCUUCCCCCCACUGCAUCGACCUUUUGUGUAAAAUAGUCGUCGUAAUUUUCAAUUGCUUGUAUAAUGCAUUGGAAUAACUCGAUAUCAUAUGAAAUCGACAACGAAAAUGUUCAAGAGUGUACUUUGAGAAUUCACCUUUGAAAUAUUCAUUAAGAAUUAAUUCAUAAUGUCCUUUCCUAUCUCGAUGAAUGUAGUCUCUAGUACAUGUUCCGCCAUGAGGGUUUGAGGUGCUUGUUAACACUAAAGAAAUUACCUCAUGAAUAGGAAUGUGAAACAAACAAGUUUGAACAACCUCGCAAUUUAAUUCCUCAAAAAGCGUAGCAUCUCCUAAUCACUUGUCUAUUAACUGCUUGGAUAGCAAAAAUGCAUCUUCACUUGAUGAUGAGCUAUUAAAGUCUAACUCGUAGUCGGUCGAAUUCAUUAUGUAUAAAUGAACAUGCGUUGAAAAUAUACAUGUUAAUAAGAGUUUAUUAGCCAAAUAAUAUAAAAGAGGUAUACAUUUUAUGAAAUAUAUGUAUAUAUUGGUCUGAUGUAACAAAAAAUAUUUAUUUAACAUGAAUAUGUAAAAUUGUAUUUAUUUCUUCACG